AUGGUGGUCAGUCGCAAAGUUACGCGUCGCAUCAACAGGACAAGCUCCUCAGCUCGCAAAUCUCCGAUUCCAGAAACUUCGGAACCUGAAUCUCCGAUCUCCUCCAGAUUUCUCAACAUCUCACCGGAUAGCAUUCAUUCGCCGUUCUAUCUCACUAAUGGCGACAAUCGUGGACUAUCUAUUAUCUCAGAGGUACUUGAUGGAUCUAACUAUGAUAGUUGGAGAAUAGCGAUGAAUAUUGCCUUAGACGCUAAGAACAAAAUCGCUUUCAUCGAUGGAUCUAUAGUUAGACCUAGCGAAUCAGAUCAGUACUUCCGGAUAUGGUCUAGAUGUAAUUCGAUGGUUAAAUCCUGGUUGUUGAAUUCUGUUUCUAAAGAGAUCUACAAAAGCAUUCUUCGUUUCAACGAUGCUUCUGAAAUCUGGAAAGAUCUAUCUACUCGUUUUCAUAUCACAAGCUUGCCGAGAUUUUAUCAAUUGUCUCAGCAAAUAUGGUCCCUACACCAAGGCUCCAUGGAUUUAUCUACUUAUUAUACGAAGCUGAAAACUCUUUCAGAUGAAUUGGAUGGUACAUCUUGUGAAGAAACUUGUCACGCUUGUAAAUGUUGCAAGGCUACGGAUACUAAAUCUGAGCAUUCAAAGGUGAUCAAGUUUUUAGCUGGCUUAAAUUAA